AGUGACAUUGUGAAGUUAGUUACUGCUGUACACACAGGAGGAAACCCAAGGAGCUGAAGUCUAAUCGUCAGAUAACCCUGGGUAGUCGUUUAGAGUGCGUUAUAAUACUAAUUAUACAGGAAGUGGCUCUUCUAGUGUAGUCUGUUUUUAUUAGUACUUUUGAAAAAAUUCAGAUCGUGGUGAAUUACCAGUGAUAAGGGUUUAAAAAUGGCAACAGUGCUUGAACCUAAGAAGCUGCAAGAUGAAGAGUCAACAUCAAAUACAAACUUGAUCCAUCUUUCAAAUCCUCACCUUGAAAAAAUGAAAGGAGACAUACUGUACCAUUUUGAUCUUGGGACAGAAACACAUGAUUUUCCAGCUAUGUUUGGUGAUGUUAAGUUUGUGUGUGUCGGAGGCAGCCCAUCACGGAUGAAAGCUUUUACUCAGUACGUUGCUGGAGAACUAGAACUGGGAGACCCCAAGGAUGAUAUUGCUAACAUUUGUGCUGGAACAGAUCGUUAUGCUAUGUACAAAGUAGGACCUGUGCUGUCAAUCAGUCAUGGCAUGGGAAUUCCUUCUAUGUCAAUAAUGCUUCAUGAACUGAUCAAGUUGCUGUAUCACUCUAAAUGCUCCAAUGUUAUUGUAAUUCGCAUCGGCACAUCUGGCGGCAUAGGUCUACAACCAGGCUCAGUGGUCAUAACAAGCCGGUCUGUAGAUGCAUCUUUUAAAGCUCAGUUUGAACAGAUUAUUUUAGGAAAAUCUGUAAUAAGACCUACAGAACUGGAUUCUGAACUAGCCCAGGAACUACAUCAGUGCAGCAAAGAAAUCAAUGAGUUCAACACAGUGAUCGGACAAACAAUGUGCACACUGGAUUUUUAUGAAGGCCAAGCUCGACUGGAUGGUGCGUUCUGCUCAUACACUGAAGAGGAAAAAAUGCAGUACCUAAAAGCAGCAUAUGAAGCAGGAAUUAGAAAUAUUGAGAUGGAAUCUUCUGUCUUUGCAGCAAUGUGUAAUCUCUCUGGACUGCGAGCUGCUGUGGUGUGUGUCACAUUAUUGAACAGACUGGAAGGAGACCAAAUAUCCAACUCACAUGAUGUUCUUGUUGAAUAUCAACAGAGACCUCAGAAAUUAGUUGGAUACUUCAUCAAGAAACAGUUGGCCAAAAAUUGAGACUGGGAUGAAAUUGAAGAAUAUUCUGAUGUUUACUCAUAUUUCUAUUUUAUUUUAGCGAUUUCUUCUAAAAAUGUUGAGACAUCUCAGAUUAUGACAAAUAUGCACCAAUAAUAUAUUAAUGUGUACACUACUGAAGCCACAAUUUAAUAUUUUUUUAAAAUACAUAAUUUCAUGUUGAGCACCUUACAUAUUUAUGUAACUUUUUAACCUUGCAGUCAGUGCAUCCUAUUUAUAAAUGAAUUUUAGCUACUUAUGUACAGAGGGUAAUCUAAAAUAUUUAUAAAGUAUGUAUAUUUAAAGCUGUAACAAAGAAUGUUUGUUGGCUCUGUAGUAAGAACAGUUAAGUUCACUCAAGUUAAAAAAAAUACUGUUUGAAAUUGGAUAUCUAUUAUAGGUAUAAGAAGGCAUACUGUUACAGAUGAAGGUUUGCUGUGGUUUAAUUAGACACUAUCAUACUAUAAUAUGCAUGAGUAUAUUUCUUUCAUGUAAUUGGCAAGAGUCCAUGAGCUAGUGACGUAUGGGAUAUACAAUACUACCAGGAGGGGCAAAGUAU